GGAAAUGAGUUUAAAAGUGAAAGAUUAGAAGACCAAAGAGAUUUAAAUCAAUAUCGUGACUCAACAAGAUCUUCUUCCUCGGAAGAGAAAGAGCAAGAAAAUCACAAAGUAGCCAUCUAUGUACGCAGUCGUGAUGAAUCUCCUAAUACGAAGAAGGAACGGAAACGGCUGGUAAAAGAAGAGAAACGCGCCAACCGAUUAACCAAGAUACCGAAGCAUAUCAAGAAGCGUCACAAUAAGGCCAAUAAGUGUCGAUAA